CGCUCGGUGCCGCUCUUGUCUUGGCAGCUGGGCUUUGAGGACGUGAUCGCAGAGCCGCGGACCGCGCACUCCUUCGACAAAGUGUGGAUCUGCAGCCACGCGCUCUUCGAGGUCAGCAAAUACGUGAUCUACAAGCUCCUGACACUGCUGCUGGCCGUGCCCCUGGCCUUCGUCGCCGGCCUUCUCUUCGCCACCCUGAGCUGCCUGCACAUCUGGAUCCUAAUGCCUUUUGUGAAGACCUGCUUAAUGGUUCUGCCUUCAGUGCAGACGGUAUGGAAGACUGUGGCAGACGCCGUCAUAGCCCCACUGUGCACAAGUGCAGGACAGAUCUUUUCUUCUGUCAGCCUGCAGCUGAGCCAUGACUGAGCGCUUAGACUCCAGGUCUGAGAUCUGGACGUGUAAUACGCCUUUCUUGCUAUAACAUAAAUGUACUACUGUUCUAUUUCUCAACUGCUCCGAACAAGAAAAGGAUUGAGACGAGAACACACAUUUAGAAAGUAUUGGCAGAGUUCAAGUGAUGUUUUUCCAAUUCAUGCCCAAGGAUUUCAUAUCUCAUUUUAUAAACCAGGAUCAUUUGGAAGGUUAGCAACACUUACUUUUAGAGACAGGCAGCUUUUGCUUUACUAAAUCAAGUACACAUUUUCAACUAGUAAAUCUGUAGUGAUCAAGGGAUACUUUUCUCAAAGUGCUAGGAUAGUUUUGUGUACAACUACAUAAAAACAAGGAGCUUCUUAUUUUCUUAUACUCCGAGAACUUUCAAAGUUUUAGCAUUACCUCUAUAUUUUAAUAUUUUAAAAUUAUACUUUAAUAUUUUAAAAUUACUUUUACAGACAUAAUCAUGAGGCUCCCUAAAGUUGGUAUUUCCUCACCUUGAAGAAGUAACAAAAGCACACAAGGACGUUACUGAUACCAAGUAAAGCAACACAAAUACAUGUGGAAAUAGAUUCAUGAAAAUGCUUUCCUUGGAAGUAUACUGUUAACCUGAAGGCCUAUUUAACAAGAUGUUUCAUUUUACUGUAUAUUUUGUACUUAAUAUAAAUGUUGCUCUAAUUGGAUUGCUUUAUGAUAUUCGUUAUGGUGUGAACGAUGUACAGAGUAAGCAAACGUAUCUUACGCAAGGCAACUUCAGGGAAGACACCUGCGCUGAUCACUGAAGCCUUUAUGUGGCUUCCGUGGAGAAGGGAUGUAAAGCCUGGCAUGUGACGUCCUCCUUUCUGAUCUUCCCAAGCAAAAUCUUAAACGUUUUUAUGACUGACAUGUUUCUGUCUGUAAAGUUAAGUCGCAUCUGAUUGACAUGUUGCCUUGUUGUUAGAAAUUAAAUCUAUCCUCUGCAUUCCUGUGACUGUUUCACCGUACUCUCACGUGAUACUGGUGCUAAGAGCAUUUUCUGAUACUGGUUAUUUCUGAUACUGCCAUACAAUUCCUACUACAAGGAUGCAUGGAGAGUCUUACAGAGAAGUCGUCAAUGUGGGGGAGCCACGCUAAGGAGCUCUAUGUAUAAAUUAAAAAUUAACAAUUACAAACUUUUAAUAAGGAUAUGGAUUUUGUAUAAAAUUAUCCUGUAAUUUUUGGACUGCGAGGUCUUAUUUUAGUCUUAGGAGUUACUGUUAUUUUACAACUCUCUUUUAUCCUAAAGUGAUAUAGGUUUAUACAACAGUGUCAUUAGUGUGAUUUGUACAUCCUUACAGGGUUCUAAAUGUGUAAACUUCAGAAUUUCCAUCAGAACAUGAGUUAACUUUUCUUUGGAUAGCCUUGUAAGUAACAGCUCUUAAUUCAAUGAAAGAUUAAUAAGAUUUUUUCUUAAGUUGUCAGUUUGGGUGACUAAAAAGGAUGAUUGAACUGAAAUACUCUUGGGAACAAGUCAAGUGAAUGUUUAAAUUGUGAAACCCAUAUCCUUUUGAAGGCAGUUACAGAAGAGACUUUUAAAACUGCCUUGAGACAUUUAACAUCCUUAGAAAAAUACUCGUGGUCACGACUAUCCAGUAUCCCAAUUCACAUAGCUGUACAGAUUUGAUACCAGUUUAAAAGAUCAAUCGGUCUCAUGACUUUAUAGUUGUGCCUUGUAUUUAAGAUAUUUGUUUAAAUAUUUGUAUGUAUUGAUUAGCAAAAGGUAUUUGACUAAUAAAAUAUCUAUUUUAAUAAAUCAAGAGCUUCAUCCUUUUCAAAUGGUGAUAAGCAAAUUUUAAAAUAUAUAUACUGAGACAAAUAAAUCUUUUAACUUCUAAUAUAUGAAACAAAAGUUCAUUAUUUCUGAACAAUGUUGAUUACUUUCCAAAUGCAUUUUAUUGAGAUUUUUCAUGAAUUGUUUUAUUUUAAAGAUUCAAAUUUUGAAAAAGCAAAUUGAAAUUUCAUAUGAAAAUGUAUUAAUCCUUUUAUUGUGGUAAGGGGAAGUACAAAAGAAUUAAUAAAUAUUCUAAAAACUC